AUGGCUGCUGGUGCAUCCUGGAUUCAGUUUGAUGAGCCUCUUUUUGUCAUGGAUCUCGAGGGUCACAAACUCGAGGCUUUUGGCGGUGCCUAUGCAGAGCUCGAAUCAACUCUCUCUGGUCUGAAUGUUCUUGUGGAGACCUACUUCGCUGACAUCCCUGCUGAAGCAUACAAGACCCUUACUUCCUUGAAGGGUGUGACUGCCUUUGGAUUUGAUUUGGUUCGUGGCACCAAGACCAUUGACUUGAUCAAGGCCCCAGAGCAAACAAGCUUGUGGUCUCAACCUCUUGCUCUCUUCUCCACACAUGACGAAAUCAAGUCGUGGCUAGCUUUUGCUGCCCAGUUGACGCAUUGGCCAAGGCUUUGGCCGAGUUUCUUCACUGCCAACGCCGAUGCUUUGUCUUCGAGGAGAUCUUCCCCAAGAGUCACCAAUGAGUCUGUCCAGAAGGCUGCUGCUGCUUUGAAGGGAUCUGACCAACGCCGUACAACUGAAGUAAGUGCAUGGCUAGAUGCUCAGCAGAAGAAGCUCAACCUUCCAAUCCUUCCAACCACAACCAUCGGAUCCUUCCCACAGACUGUGGAACUCAGGAGAGUUCGCCUUGAAACCUCCGAGGAGGAUUACGUCAAGGCCAUCAAGGAAGAGAUCAAGAAAGUUGUUGACAUUGAUGUUCUUGUUCACGGAGAGCCUGAGAGAAACGACAUGAAAACGGGUGGGUGCAAUCCUAUUGAUCUCGCUGUGUGA